AUGGGCGACGACGGCGCGAAGGCGGCGACCACCACAACGAUCGUGCGGCUGCGGGAGCUGCUGCACAGGUGGGCGCUGGGAGCUGCAAGGGACGACGUCGAAGACGGCGAGCAGGAGGAGGCGCAGGCGGAGGCGAUGGUUAUGGCGGCAGGUGGAGGAGCUGCGCCGCCGUCGAUCCCACCGUUCGUGCUGCAGCGUCUGAGGCGGACGCUGACGGUGGACUCAGACGACGAGAGCUGCCACAGCCCGGAGGCGGCGCCGGACGUGCCGAGGGGUUACUGCCCGGUGUACGUCGGGCUGGAGCAGCGGCGGUUCGUCAUCCCGACCAGCUACCUCGGCCACCCCGUGUUCCGGCUCCUCCUCGAGAAGGCCGAGGAAGAGUUCGGGUUCCGGCAGGAGGGAGCGCUGGCCAUCCCCUGCGAGACCGAGGCCUUCAAGUACAUCCUCCAGUGCGUGGAGCGCCACGACAAGGGCCUCGCCGGCGACGACGCCGACGAAGGGAACCAGGCCACAGCGCUAGAGCCAUCAUCGUCCAUUCAUCAUGUUUCGUAGAUAAUGAUACUGUACUAGUAGUAUCUGUGAUGUUACAACUUACAACUCCUCUGCCUCUUCUCUUCUGAAGUUUUCUUUUUUCUCGAUAGAGUUCUGAAGAAAAUCAAGGACCUAUAUGUGUAUGUGAGCACGAAUUAAUUCAAUUGAUUGAUCUGUCAAA